UGGCCACUGUUAUCGCCCGCAGUUUAAUUUGCCCCAGUCUACUAUACCCCCACAAUCGCACCGGUCUCUCUUUAAAACCUCUAUAAGCUCAUUAUGGAAGUCCUGGAAAACCCUUUCGUCAGGAGCACCAGCCCGUAUGACCGCCCCGCUACACCCGAAGAUUCGGCCUUGCCGCCGGUUAGCCACCCACCACCCGACUUGUACACCAGCUUUUUUGCAGACGAAUAUGACAACAACCCCCAAUCAGGGUACUCUAUCCAAGAAGACACGACCGAGGGAUUUAUGGAGGAAUCGACAGGGGAGCCAGUUGGGGGUUCCUCCGAGGUUGGGUCCGACUAUAGCGAUGAAGCGUCGAUGCUUGUGAGCCAUGACCAGCAGAGCUCCCAUGCCGUUAACGCUGCCGGUAUAAAACCUCAGCAAACAGAGCUUGUGGAAAACUCAAUGUUUAUCUCGCAAAACCUCGACAUCUCGGAUGGGCUCCGUUCGCUCAUCGGACAGGACUCGGUGCCGGUGCAAAUAGCCCACACGGGGCGGUUUUCGGCGUACUCACAGGCGUCAAACCCGCACGCUCCGCGCCAGUCGCUCGUCUCAAAUGUCAUCUACUACACAAUAGACUUGAACUAUGGCCAAUUUGUGGUGCAGAGACGGUACAGCGAGUUCAGCUCCUUGCGCGACGCGCUUUGUCGCCUCUACCCGACCAGAUACGUGCCCACGAUCCCGGAAAAGCACUCGUUUAUGAACUACAUUCUUGGGGGAAACAACACGCUGCAUUCAAAAAUCAACCUUUCAAUCAUCGAGUACCGCAAACGCUAUUUGACCGACUUUUUGGUGGAAAUCAUCGGCAACCCUGUGUAUCGUCCCCUCAAGCACUGCGAGCUAUUCAUCAAGUUUCUCGAUCCCUCAGAGAGUAAUUGGGAUGCGGUAAUCCAUUCACCGCCGAUGACAUUGAUUCCGACGUCUUAUUUACUCGCAAACCCCAUCAAUCCCACCGAAGCGGAGGGGAUCCGUUCACUACUCCCAUUGCCGCUUGUGUCUCAGAUCAAUGCCUUCAAGUUCCAGGAUACGAAAGCGAAGGACGGCGAAGCUUAUAACGUGAAAUUCGCCCAGCUAGAGCAACGCUUCCACCAGUCGCACAGACUCGUGCGCGAGCUAGGCACCGUGAGUGGGAAGCUAGACAACCUCUACGAGCGGUUGAUCAAAAACUACAUUGAAUUGGGCGGAAACUUGAACAAUUUCGCCUUAACGGUAGAAUCGUCGUCUACCACCUUCCGCGAAAGCGUAGAAGCCGAGGACGAAGCCAACCACAACCUCUCCUUGGUGAUUGAGAAGUUUGGGUCCACCAUCGACAAGAACUUUCUCCACAUGGAGGCGUUCCAGUACCAGCAACAGCUUCAGCUACACGAACACAUGAAGAUCAGCAUCGGUUCCAAAACCCAGGAGUUGCUCAAGUUGCUAAACUUUGUCAAGCUCAAGCAGAUCCAGCUCAUGCUCACCCAGAAGAAGUACCAGGGAUACGCUGACAGCAAAAAGCAGAUCGAAAGCCGGGUGGAGCAGAAUGAGCGUCUCCAGGAUGCGUUGCUACGGGGCAGUGAGCUCAGUCCAAGCAUCGCAGAGGCCAUCCAGCGAUACGAAACGUCCCAUCGCAGAGGCGCCAAUGGAAACGGCUGGUUCACCGUCUUUGGCGGCAAGCGGGCGAGCCGUCCGGUGGAUUCUGGUGUCCAUGGCGACAACUCAUCCACCCAUUCGCUGGUGUCGACAAAUUCCUCGGAGGAUCAGACCGAGGCACACCGCAAGAUCAAGCUAUUGGAUGACGAGAUGGACAGCCUCAAGCGGUUGAUCCAGGUGAUCCAGGCAGACGUGAAUGCGGUUUCGGAGCAUGUGGCAGUUACCUUGGACGAGGAGUGCACGUUGAUUGCGCAGGACUGGUUGAGGAUCAUGAUGCGCAACAGUCGGAAUAUCCAGAUCAUGAGCGAGGAGAAUUUGAGUGCCUGGCAGGAGUUGAAGGACGAGAUUGGGGAGUUGCUCUAAGGAGGUUGUCGGCCCCGAGUAUGUGUCAGUACCGCGCGGAUAUGCGUAACAUUGUCAAGGUUUUACCAGGAUGCCUCCGCUAAACCGUUGGCGCAUCCUCUGAAUAUUGUCAUAUUCCUAGAUUCGUCGCAUAGAAAACAUACGAGGAUGGUUUAUUAUGAUAAUUUACUAUUAAAUGCGGUCUAGCUGUAGCAUGGUUGAAUGAGUAUGCAUGGCACAGUCCGGUGUGGCCGGUUAAAUUUCCGUAGACUCUCGACGAUAAAUGCCCCUUGGUUUUCAAGAUAAGUUUAGCUCAAACACCGGUUAAAAAGUUUGGGAAUUCUCCCUUAUGCAUUCGGCCGAAAAAAAACAAAAAAAAAUCACUCCAUAGAGAUACACCUAAGGAC